AUGUCUGAUAGUAAAAAUACUCCUCGAAAUCAUGGUAGAUCAAAGACUAAAACAAGUAUGAUAUCUUUUGAAAUAGGUGAAAACUUAUAAAUAUAAUUUAAAAAACCAUCAGUUGCAAAUGAAAGAUUGGUCGUUAAUAAAUUAGGUAUGAAAUUUGAUCCUGUUUGUUGGAAGAAGAAUCAUGAAAAAGGAAAAAUUCAAUUUGUUUGUAUUGUAAAUCUUAUGCAUUAUUAAAAAGGAAUCUAAUUGUAAUGCUGAUAGAAGAUUGGCUUGUGCACAUUGUAUUAUUGAAGAACAUGAUGAACAUAUUUCAAAUAAGGUUACUGUUGAAUAAUAUUGUGAUACUUUUGAAAAUAAUUUCAAGAGCUAUCUUUUUUAAGUAAUUUAUAGAAAACUAAAUAGGUAGCAAAAUUAGAGGAAUAUUAUAAAAAAUGUAAAAUGAUGGAUUUAAUUGAUUAAAUAGAUAAAGAUAUUAAUACAGUUGUCGAAAUUGUUAAAUAAUAACUAAAAGCUUUAAGAGAUUAUUAUGUAUAAGACAUUUAAUUACAUGCUGAAUAAAAUAAUUCCUCUUUAUUUACAUUUUAUAAUACAGAAAGAUAGACUCUUUCUAAGAUAAAGGAUUAUGCACACAAGAAUCUAUUUGAAAUGACACCUGCUGAAAUGGAUCAUAGUAUGUUAUUAAUGGGUUAAAGUCAUUUGGAUAAAAUUCUAAUCAAAUUAUCUGAAUUUGAUGAUUAAACCUCAACUCUUUAAAGUACUAUGAAAUCUUAAUGGAAAUUAAUAUAUGAAUAAUUAGAAGAAUCAUUAAUUGAUAUUAUAGCUUAAAUUGGAUAGAAUAAUCUAGAUUUUAUUUAACCAAUAAUUAAAGAGUCUUAAUAAGAAUAAUAUUAAUCUACAAAUUAAUAAUAAAAUUUAGAUAUAUAAAAAUUUAAUUUAUAAAAUGUUAAAACUUCUACUAAAUAAUAACAGAUUAAUUAAUAAUAAUAAUAGUAAUAAUAAUAAUAAUAAUAAUAAUAAUAAUAAUAAUAGAUUAAUUAAUAAUAAUAAUAAUAAAAUAAUUCACUAUAAGCAUAUAUAACUUAACAAUUACCUCCUCAACCAUAAUAAUAUUCUUAGAAUUCCUAAUCUAUAAAAAAAGAAGUUAGUAGACAUAGUGGAAACACUGUACAAUAAUAAUCAAGUAAAUAAUAGACAAGCAAUUAACCUUCAUCUAGUAAUUAGCAAUUAUCACAUAAAUAAUUAUAAUCAAAUAGUCCAAGAAAUUCAUCUGAUAAUUAAAGUUUUAAAUAGAUAUAAGGUAUAUGUUAAUAUUAAGUGAUUUCACCUUUAAAAUGUGGAGUAAAUACAGCUUCUUUUGGUAAUUUAGGAAGUAGUAAUUAGAAAUCUCUUAAAAAUAUAACUCAAACUAACAAUAAUUAAGUGCCUAUUCAAUCAUAAACAGAAUAGAAAAAUAAUUCAAAUGCUAAACCUAGUUCUCAUAUUAGAUAAACUAGUCCAAAUGGUGUAAAUUAUUAUUAUUAAAGUGAUGGUAAACAAUAUGAAAAUAGAAAGAAUGUUAAUCAUGUUUAAUCUUUAAAUUCAUCAUCUUAAUAAUAAUAAUAAUAAUAAUCAUUUGAGAGAAGAUUGUCAGCUCAAAAAGUCUAAAGUACUUAAUUUCCCUGUAAUUAUAAUAAUAUGAAAUGCAUUCAUAAUGAACUUAUUAAAGCUAGUCCUAUUUUUAGUUGUUGUAAUUGGGUAUAUAAUUAGAUUUAUAUUUAAAUUUAGGCAUUUCCAUGUUAUGAAUGUCAUGACAUGAUUUCAUCACAUAAAGCACAUAUAACUGUUCCAUCCUAAAGAUUUUGUUAGAACUGUCAUGAAAUAUUUUCUGUAAAUUUAAUGUCUACAGUAGAUGUCAAAUGUUAUAAAUGUUAAUGA